UGCGUACCACGUCAAAUCAUUUGACAGAUGUACCCGGAAGGAACGCGUUUUCGAAAAUGGCGAUCCACGCAAGCCGCAGCCAAAACAGAGAAAAGUAGAGUUGACUUUAGAUGUCCCGACUGGACCGAGCACGGUGAUGCGCGUUUACGGAGACUGUGAUCUGCUGUAAAGAUGUACGGAGUGAGAAUGGCACGAGAGGCCGGUGUUACGGACGACUCCUACACCGAAAACCUCAUUGGCACAUUGUUGGCUAUCUUUGGAAACCUGUUGGUCAGUAUCUCUGUGAGUAUUCAGAAACAAAGUCAUGUGGCGUUAGCAGGGAAUAAAGACCCGAGGCAGUACUACCACACCAAGACAUGGUGGUCUGGCCUGAUGCUGAUGGUUCUGGGGGAGGGCGCUCUGUUUGUGUCCUAUGCAUUUGCUCCUCUCUCUCUCAUUGCUCCACUUAAUGCAGUGUCUGUCAUAUCAAGCUCCAUCUUAGGUUUCCUGUUUUUGCGGGAAAAAUGGAAGGCUCAGGAAUUUUUGAAACGCUACAUUUUGACUUUUCUGGGCUGUGCCUUGACGGCGGGCGGUACUUACCUGUUUGUGACAUUUGGGCCCAACUCUCAUGAAAAGCUGAAUGCGGAAAACAUAGUACAACAUGUUAUCGGCUGGCCCUUCCUCUUAUUCUUGCUUCUGGAGAUCAUUACUUUCUGUCUGGCGCUGUAUUUCUACAAACAGCAGAACGCAAACUACCUUAUCCUUAUUCUGCUGCUGGUGGCAUUACUUGGUUCAGUGACAGUAAUCACAGUGAAGGCAGUUUCAGGGAUGAUCGUGCUCAGCAUCUUAGGUCCUCUACAGCUCGAAUACCCCAUAUUCUAUGUCAUGUUCGUCUGCAUGGUGGCUACUGUCGUAUUCCAAGCAUCAUUUUUAGCACAGGCAUCUCACUUGUAUGAUUCAUCUCUCAUCGCCUGCGUGAAUUACAUUUUCUCAACAACGUUUGCAAUUGUGGCAGGAGCCGUAUUUUACGAGGAGUUUAAUCAUGAAGACGUCCUGCACAUUUGCAUGUUUCUCUUGGGAUGUGCUGUGUGCUUUCUUGGGGUGUUCCUAAUUACCAAAAACAAGAGGAAGGUUAAAGCCUUUGAACCGUAUGUCACCAUGGACAUGGCGAAAGGUGUUCCAACCAUUCACAACAAAGGCUGGGCUGUGCAGCCUGAUUAUAACGGCUCAUUUUCCUACGGGGCACUUGAGAACAAUGACAGUGUGGCUUCUGUGACUCUUCCGGUGGACCAAGAGCUGUCCACCACUCCCGGACCUGUUAACCAGUACCAAUCAUCAGAGCUGAAGAAAGACUGAGUGGACAUGGGUUUUAAGUGCAAUUAAGACUGCUUUAUUAUAAGAAAUGCUUCUCUGUGUUUAAGCAUCAUGGGUUUGCUUGUUGACAGAAAAUUAUUCAAAGUCUGUUCUAAAACUUUCUAGAAUGUCUGUAUUGCUCUAGUGUCUGAUCCUGAGUGAGGAAAGCAACCUAACAUUCUUAUGAUAGAAAAUAAAUUCAUUUCAUUGGUGGGGUUGAUUUUACCAUUCUCUGCAGAGAGAUUAUGGCAUAAUAUCUUUGUAUGAAGUUUAUGAAUAUAAUCAUGCCUUUAAUGUUAUCUGACAUUUUGAUCACUCUUUGCCUGCAUCGCAUUUAGAAAGUUCCUAUAGUUAACCUAAGAACCUAAAUAUACCUCAAAUGAUGUUUUAAAUUGUGCUUCUGCUUUGUUCCAAACAUAUUGCAACCAAUCAAACUGUAUCACCCAAAGGUUAAUGUAUACUUCACAGUUCGCUGUCAUUUACUGUAUAUUGAAAUAUGUUUUUGGUACUGGCUCAUUAUAUGCACAAACUCGUGCACAUUUUACUUUAUUUUUCCAAAUUCGGUGGACCUGAAUGUCUGCUGUGCCUAUUAUUUGUUCUGUGCCUGUCUAAAGUACCUUAAAUGGGCCUUUCUGUACAAAUAUGCAUAAUUAUGGGGAAUAACUUAGAUAGCAAAACACUGGUGAUGGUUGUUGAAAUGUACAAAUGUUCAACACUUUUCACUUAUGGAUUAUUAUGGAUCAGAGUUUUCCAUUGACUUAUUAGUCUAAUGCUAUAGAAAACUUUGUUGAUAUUUUGCUAUACCUCUGGUGUGUGGCCUUUUUGUUUUAAACAUUUAAUUUAAGUAAUCAUUACAGUAAUGCUGUAUUUUAUUAAUGCUGUACAUUUGACAAAGACCUGGCUUUGGUUGAACGAUAAAGUGAAACUUGAAUGUCUAAGUCACAUUGAUAGACUGUGUAAUUGUUCUUAAAUGAAAGAUAGGAUGAUAUUGUUUUUCAGAUUACAACCAUUCCAUAAUGACAUCAUGUCUUUAAUCAAUUUAAAACAGUGAAAGGUAGACAAGGCUUCCAUUUAGAACCAGUUGACUGCUUCUGUUCUGUCUAACUGUACAAAUCCUGAAGCACCAGUAAUACUGCAGCUUAUUACAACUGAUUGUUCUUUGAUAGUAAAUUAUCACUGGUAUAUUGCCUUUCUAAAAUUUAUUUGCACUGCUGUUUUAAAUGACCAAUGUAUUUAAGCCUUAAACCUCAGUCAUGAUGUUGCUGUCUGCUGUAUAACCGAGUAACUAGACACUGUGUUUAACUGGAAAAUGGGUUAAAAUAUCAUUGCAAAUUGAUAUAAUACUAAAUAUCUCAAGAACUGACUUAUUUUAGGAACUCCAGCUAUGUCAAUUAAGGGUUUUGUUAUUUCACUGAUAAUUAUUGUGCAUGUACAGGAUCGUUUCUGUAAUAAAGA